GCCGACAACUUAGAGCUCGAAUCACUCGUUCUAUAAAACGUAUUAGGGAAUUUAUUGAACAAAACAAUCACAAUAAAACACGAUUUGAUAAAGAGAUGGCAGAAUUGAGGCGCGAUUUUGAAAGCGCACGGGAGUUCCACACGCAAUUAUAUGAUUUCGCAGACGAAUCCCAAUUACCAACGAUGGACAAGUGGGAAAACGAUCUAACGAACGAUGUUUAUUCGAUCGAAGAAGAAACUGAACUUUAUUUAAGUACGAUUUCGUUGCCCGAGGCAUCACAAACCUCGCAAAUCCAAAGUACCUCGCAAAAUAUGCAAAGUAUGCAGACUCUCACUGAGCCUGAGAUUGAACCUGAGACUAUACCUGUGUCAAGUAUUGAAAAUAACCCAGCAAACGAAAUAACUGAAGCCCCACAAGUCUCUCCCAUUUCAGUAGAAUCUGGUCAAAAUACAAUAAAUACGAAUUUAUCCUCCCCAACAACACCUCGCCCCUUUGACGCAUGGAUAGACGAUUUGGUAGAGUUUAAAGUGUAUAUGAAAUGAAAAUUUCGAUAUCGGGUUUUUUGCAUUUUCUGAAAAUUUGGUCUUUUCCGAUCAUAAAAAUACAAACCUUGUUGAAAAAUUCGAACCAGAAGUUUGUUAAUUUUACGAUUAAAGUUCGCUUUUUCGACUAUCUACUGGCGAAAUUCCUGACAUUCCAUCGCGCGGCCAGUGACGUAUGCAGUAUGACACAGUGCGACCUUUCGAUAUGUAAACACUAUGAAAAUUAUAGCUUCGUCUGGGUAGAAUUGGGUUUUUGAGAGAUUUUGAAGAAAAUUGAAACGAAUCCACUUUCUGUAGACUUCGCUUUCAAUCUAUAGAUACAAUAUAAUUACAACAUGACGAGUUGUAGCGUAUAAGCGGCCGAAAAUUAAAAUUAAAAUGCAAAUUCGAUGAGACAAGAGACUAUAUCUACGUUGUAGGUUUCAGACCGCAUAUUAUGUAGAUAGGCUUAGGCUAUAGCUGAUAUUAAUUAUGGCAAACAUUGUAGUAACUAGUGUAAGCAUAACAUGGAAAUUAAUACUAAAUAUCUACAUUUACUGACAUACCAUAGCAUGAGCAUGGACCAUUCCAAAACUAACAAAUUUUGAAUUGCAUAUAUAUAUAUAUAUAUAUAGCAUGGUAAAAUACGAUAGGGUAUUAAAAAGGACUUUACUUAUAAUAUAGCUGCUUCUAAUGAUGGGCUCUACUUCAGUACUUCAUUAUAUUCUUUCACUCACAACCGUUCGUUAAGUUCACAUUGAGAAUCUAUUACAUGUAGUUGCGUGUUUUUGUACACGAAAUAGACCAGAAUUUGAGCCUCUAGAAAACCUCGGCAAGAAACGCGUGCAUGUUUUGCGCGACAGGCUGAUAGCGCGUCUACCGACGUGACGAAACUCACACCAGCACUCGCACGCAAUCUUGUUUGCAUCUGUACUAUAUCUACUGUAACCCUAUAAAGCAGUGCAGUCAGUUUUUAUGCAUUUACUAUGCAUGCUGGAAGUGGUCUGCAAUUCUCCCAUCCCAGCAUGCCACUACUGCUCGAAGAUAUCUAAUUAAUCAAACAGUGAGUCGUUAAUUUCAUGUUUGCAAAUACUACUAAAGAAGUUACUUAUGUAUGGUCGAAAUAUAUAUAAGAUUUGCCUACCAAAACCCAAGGCUAAGUCAAAUCACUGUUAUUACCCAUUAGUUAUUACCCAUUACCCAAAGAUAAAUUACAGACAUACUGUAUAACAAAGAAUACAAGAUAUCGUUUAGAAUACAAAUAUAUACAAGAAAUAGUGAUAUUUAAUUAUCUUGGGUUCUGCUUGUUGGCUUAUGAUACUUUUUCCCUGACUUUAUAUUAGAGAAAAGCCCCUGCGUCUCUAGUAGGCUACUGUUCGAUGGGUGACGACUAUUAUCAUAUUACAACAUAUAGGCUAACAUAACACUAAUCUUGCAGAACUAGUAUGGUUCCAUGCUGAAUUAAUAUAAACGAGUAUGUUUAUGACAUUCAGUAUAUAGUUCAUAAUUUUCAGUCUUAAUCAGUAAAUCCGUCUGACCGUGUAGCUCAGUUGGUAGAGCGUCGAUCUAGUAAUUCGAAGGUCGCGGGUUCAAGACCCAGCCGCGGCAGACAAUAUCUUUCUGCUUGGCCAGUUGCGCGGGUAUGGAAAUUAUGAAAUACACACUCGAGAACAUUUUCAACUUUUCAACUUAGUGCAUAAUCCCAGUGCUGUGUGAUGCAUUCUGCGUCCUUGUCCUCGAACGUAAAUUUGUCAAUGCACUCCAAAAUUUCCUUACAGCAUCUAUAUUCUCUAGCGUCCUGCAAUAAUUCGUCACUACAAUGUCCACAUGAGCACCUUAAAAUAAACUCGCAUAUCAGACGAAACAGGGUAAUAAAUAGUCGAGGAACGGGUUAAUAUAAUAUUACUUUUAUGACUUUACUUACCAUGAAUUAACAGCUACAUUUUUCUUAAAUCUCGCCUCAAGAGUAUCAUGAAGAAUGCCGUCUUCGUCCGUUUGGUCUUCCUCGUAGUCACUAUAUGCGACUAGCUCAAAUUGAUAUGGCUGAACAACAGACGAUUGCUCAGCGAUGUCCUCAUUACCUGUUGACCCUUCUGUCUCUGUCUGUGAUUCAAAGCUUUCGUUAUCGGACAUUUUUAUAGCGAAAUAUAAAGGCAACUGUCUGAUGUUCGUGUUAUUUUGUUGUUUUCGUAUAGUGAAACACUUCGGCGUGUCAUACUGCAUACGUCACAAGGCCCGGAACUCUAGGUACCAGUCUUUCGCCAGUAGAUAGUCGAAAAAGUGAACUUUAAUCGUAAAAUUAACAAACUCCUGGUUCGAAUUUUUCAACAAGGUUUGUAUUUUUAUGAUCGCAAAAGACCAAAUUUUCAGAAAAUGCAAAAAACCCGAUAUCGAAAUUUUCAUUUCAUAUACACUUUAGCCCAAAUCAUCUCAAAGUGUUUCUGUAGCUGACGCACUUUAUAAACUAGAAGCGAGUAAAGAUAUACCGACCAUUAAACUUCCCACUAUUCAAAGGAAACGCGCUCUUCUAUGCCGAUUUUAUUGAUCGAUUCAAGAUUCAUAUUCAUGACAAACCGCACUUGACAGAUGACAUGCAAAUGAUUCAAUUAAAAAUGCACGUUACCGGAGACGCAGAACGCGCGAUUUCGGGACUUGGGUCCAAGGGUGUUAUAUAUGCGAGUGCGACAGCAUUAAAGAUUUUAAAGGAACAAUUUGGACAGCCAAGUACCAUAGCUCGUUCUUUGGUAAAUCAACUUACCAAGGGAGACAAGAUUCAACGUAACGAUAGAAGCGCGCUUCGAGAAUUUUCCAUAGACUUAGUUAAUUGCGUAGCAACCAUGCACCAAGUCAAGUACUUCGCUGACGUCAAUGCCAGUGACAAUCUCCGAAAGAUAGUAAUGAGAUUACCGGAUUAUUUCGUUCAGAAAUGGAAAGGCGUAGUAAUAGAUAUUAGAGAGAAACAAAGAUCUCCUACGAUUUCCUACGACCGUUUUAAGUGUCCCACGUUUGGAUCGUCCGUGGUUGAAAUAAUUUGCAUACCUUCGAAACAUCGACUUCUCGCAUAAAGCUGGUCCAAUUGAUCUUAUCUUAAGUGUCCAGUUCAGUCAUUUGCACGCAGAAGAUGAAGUACGUCAAGGCCGUCAAUUUGAGCCUGUUGGGGGAAAAAACAAAGCUAGGAUGGUUUGUCAUCGGUUCUGAUAGUUCACAGAAAACGUCCAAAGUAUGUUCAAUAAGUUUUGUCCAACCCGUCAACCUAGAGAAAUUCUACGAGUUUGAAACCCUCGGAAUCCAAGCCCCCCAAUGUCAUUGUCCACAGAUAGCUAUGUCAUCUGACGACAGAAGAGCCAUCAAGUUAAUGGAGAACUCCUGUAAGCAGCAAGGAGGGAGAUAUGUCAUUGGACUUCCUUGGAAGAAAGAUAACAAUCUUUUGCCUAACAAUUAUUGUCUCGCUGAGAAAAGAUUGUUUUCUCUGGAAAGAAGCCUGAAAAGAAACGAUGUUAAGCUAAGGCUAGUCUGUACAACCAAGUUAUUAAUGAGUACGAGAGAAACGAUUGGUCGUGUCAGUUGUCACAAGAAGAAGUAGAGGCCAAAGAUAAACCAAAAUAUUACCUGCUUCAUCACGGAGUUUAUCGACCAGAGAAGAAAAGUACGCCUUUGAGAGUAGUAUUCGACCCUGCCUGCCAAUAUCAAGGAGUAUCAUUGAAUUCGUUUCUCUACAAAGGUCCUUGUCUUAUUGGAAAUCUACUUGGAGUGUUAUUGCGCUUUAGAGAAGAUCUUGUUGGCCUUGUUGGCGAUAUAUCGAAGAUGUAUUUGCAGAUUUGCCUGCCCGAAGAAGACACGCUUGUCCACCGAUACUUAUGGAGAGAUUUAGAUGAAAGUCGAGACCCGACAGUUUAUUACGCACUCCAAAGAGUCAUGUUCGGAGAUAAACCAUCGCAAGUUAUGUUAUGAUCAAGAUUGCGUAUGAGAAUGAGUCCAAUGUCCUCGAGCUGCCGUGAUUCUCAAACGUGAUCGAUACAUGGAUGAUCUUAUUCAUUCAACAAACACGCAGGAAGAAGCAGAAAAGUCCAAAGGCGAAGUCGACGACGUGUUAGCUACGGGGAGUUUUAAGAUAAAGGAAUUAAUGGUUUGUUUCGUCUUCCGUUCAAGAAAUGCAAGCUGAGAACGUUUCUAGUCCUGAAGAAGAAAAUCCUGAUUUCAAAGAUAACGUGAUAGGUGUAAAUAGUGAAUGUACAACGACAAAGAAUGUCAACCUACACUGCGAAGAAGGAGUCAAAACCUUAGGAGUCAAUUGGAAUCCACAGACUGACAAAUUCAGUUUCUCAGUAAAGGAAAUAAAGAUAGAAACGUUAACGAAGAGAACAGUUCUGUCGAGAAUUUCACGUUUGUUUGAUCCACGUACUUGGAUUGGCUUCUGUAGUAACUAUCAAAGCAAGAGUCGCUCUCCAAGAAAUCUGGAAAGCAACGAAGUAUGACUGGGACGACCCACUGCCUGAAGAAAUACGCACUUUAUGGUACAAACUUUUCCGAGAAUUGGAAAGUUUAAACUCGAUUACAAUUUCGCGUUGUUUACGUCCUGAUAAAAUUUGUGGUUCAUCCGAGUUGCAUGUAUUCGCUGAUGCCAGUGCCACAGCUUAUAGAGCGGUUGCAUAUCUGCUCUGGCCCACCACAGAAAGUCCUAAAGUUAAUCUCAUCGCCUCAAGAAAAGAGUUGUUCCUUACGUCCACGGUUAGAGCUUAUGGCAGCACUGGUUGCUUCAAGAUUGGCAAGUACCAUUUACAACGAGUUUAAAGCGAAGCCAGAUGUAGUUAAACUGUGGUCCUAUUCGAAGAUCGUUUUGCAUUGGUUACGAUCCGAUUCUGCAUUGUUGAAGGCAUUCGUUGGAGUUCGGGCAGUUGAAAUCCAGUCAACAUGGGAAUCAAGUCAUUGGCGUUAUGUUCCUUCUGGUCUGAAUCCUGCCGACGAUUUAAGUCGAGGAACUGAUGUUAAAAAUAUGUAUGAUCGUUGGUUCCAAGGACCGGCGUUCCUGCAAUUGCCAAACAGCGAGAGGCCAAGCGAAAGUGUGGAGACCAUUCAGAAUCAUCCAGAAAGAAAGAAAUCCAAAAUCCUGGGGAGUUUCAAUCCUGAUGUCCCGUGCAUAGAUCCAAAAAUCUUUUCAAAUUGGCAACGAUUGGUCAGAAUUACAGCUUACUAUACAAGCGUUACGAUCCCAACGACUUACAACCCCUUACCCAUAACCUUACCCUUUGUAAGAGAGACACGCGAGAGUAAAGAGACGGUUUAAAGGACGGAUAGUUAGAGAGAUUAACGCAAAGUUGAAUGUUUGAGUCAAGUCCUACAGGGAUCUACCCUUCAGGGAGAAAUGUUUAAUUGUUUUAUAUGUUAUAUAUAUAUUUGUAGUAUUUUGUUAUUAGUCAAUUUUACCAUGUUAUGUCGCGAAAAUAUGAUUGGAAUGCAUGUGUCUUUAUACUUGUACUAGGUAACUUUCAUUUUGUAUAGAAUACAUUAUCUCAUUAAAUAUUAAAAGAAAUCCCUGUUCGUCUCAAUAAACCAGUCAGUACCAACCAACGGGUGACCUUCAUUUUUCAUUUUGUUCAUAUAUCGAUAUGUAAUAGAUUGGUUACUCCUACAAUUAGUGUAGAUAAACACAUGACUACAAUACAUGGAAGAGAACAUAUAAACACUUUGUUCAUUGUUAAAUGGAAAUCGCGUUUACGUUUAAAUAUAGACCAAUCACUCAACCAAUCAAUCAAGAAAAGAAUUUAUAUUAGCUUUAUAUUAAUAUAAUUAGCAAAACAAUCCGGGAGGUUGCAAUUUCAAUCGGGCAUAGGAAAAAACAUGCACGCACUGGACUCAUAUAGACUCAAAAUUCGACUGAAAAAAUUUUCAUAGGCUUGAUUUCAAUGUGAAAAUUCGCAAGAAACAUUCAUAAAACAAUCGCGCGCGCGUGGUUGGCAUGUCUCCCGACAACUUAUCCUUUACUAGUUAAUUAAAUACGCCUUCGCCCAUUUAGUACUACUAAAUUGUAAAUUUCGACAUACUAAAACGCUGUUUUCUGACCAUCAGAACUCUGUCAAAUCUUCCCCAAAAUCCAAGAAAUGGUAUUUCAGAGACUGGCUAAAUUUAAGAUUUUCCUCGGUCCUUUGGCCCUCGAUCGCUUUCAGCCACCCCAAUCAAAAUGAGCUUCUUACGGCACUGGUUAAUGUGUCGCUGAAUGACUGAUUGUGAAUACUUUAUUCCUAAUAUACCGUUGUUAUACCUUUUAUUCAAUUUAACGUUUGUUGUAUUUGCAGUUUUACAAUUAAACAAAACUAAUUGGGUGCGCCUAUGUGUACGUACUUUGUUUCCUGCUUUUCAGUUUUUAUCUUGUUUGAAGUGGCCCCUCCUCAUUUUUUUGGAUAUUAAUGAGUAUGAAAGUCCAGAGAGGCUAACAUUUAAACAACAGAGAGCGACGACAUCAACUGAUCAUCUGAGCGUAUGCGUUCCUUUUGGCUUCCGGUUGACUGAGUUGGAGUUUUGGUGGUGAGUCGGGUGUCGUGGGUAAUAUGUCUUACGUGGUGGAUAAAAAGUAGUGCAUCGUGGAUAUCAUUAUGAUUUAUUUUUUUAUUUAUUUUCUGAUUCGCCCAAGAUGUUGGAAUUACACAUAAAAGAAAUAAAGUAUUCACAAGAGAUGGGCUAUAUAUAAGGGCUAUAUAUAUGCCAUAUGGCUUUUGUUUUAGGCCCCUAUAGGUUAUAAAUUUAAACUAAUUAGCAGAAUAAUAUGCAGCAUCUGCUAUCAGUUCGCGUGCUUUUAGGAGAAAGGAAAAAUAAUAGUUAAAUAUUAUAUAAUAUGAUAGUAAGCUAUAUUUACAAUUCAAUUUUUGAUUUAUAAUUUUCCUAUACUUACAGGAAUAUGUUAUUCUAUUAAAUUUAGAUCUGAGAAGUACUUUGAUGAUGUCUCUUCAAUGUAAGGUUUGGAGAUAAAUCUGCAACAUAUAUUACUAGGGCCUGUUAACAAAUUAUGUUAUGGAAUUUACGCAUGUAAGAUGGCGACUUCAGGCAUUGGCUAAACAAACAGUUUGACUAAAUGAUUGUAUGGAAAUCUUGUCUUGUAUUUACUUUCGUUGAAAUUUAGUACAGUACAGUUUUGAACGAGUGAAAGAGAGCUUUAACCUUCCGAGCAAUUUGAUGAAAAUAUGAAGCACUUGCAGAGGCGCUAAAGAAUCUUCCUUGAAAAAAUUCGGCGGCAUGCAUGCAACUGUGCAGUCUGGCUCGAUUCACUUUAAACAUGGAUAAAAUACACUGGUAUUGUUUAAUUCACAACGUCCUUUCUGACCAUAGCGUCAAAGUGUCAAACCCCCAAACUAUUGAUAAGUAAAUAAAAGUAAAUUAUUCACUUACGUUGACCAGGAGAGGAGAAAUGCACAUGAAAGGAGAAAAAAUAUUGCCGUGUCCAUCUUCGAAAUGAACUUUAAUUCUAGAUCUGUUGGCUUUGCUCGUCAACACCCUAUAUAUUCAGCCAACUGGAACUAAUACAAUACGAUUGACGGAAUUCAUGGUAAUACGAUAGUAAUAUUCUGUCAACAUGGCUGAACGCAAACUAGCGGACGCGGAUCGGCGGACGCAGACUGGCAGACGCGGACUGGCGGGAAAAAGUUUAAUAUCAUUGAAAAUAACUUUAAAAAUAAAUAAAUAUAAUAAUAUUAAUAAUAUUAUUAAUAUUAUAGUUAAUAUUAAUAAUAUUAAUAAAAUCGUUUUUCUUCUUCACAUUAUGUGACAACCGAAUUCAAUAAUUGUUAAAUAUGCUUGUGAUGUUACUCUGAGUGUAUAUCCACACCGGGCAAGCUUGAAAAAUAUGCCUGACCACGGUGGGAAUCGAACCUACGACCUUUGGAAUGCUAGCCCAAUGCUCUGCCAACUGAGCUACGUGGUCUGAUCGGUUCGAGUAUAUGAUAUUUCGGAACAGAAUCUAGUUCCUUUGAUAUCAAUGUAAUCUAGUAAUAAUGAUAUUUUCUGUGUUGGUGCAAUGUACUCAGGUGAAUAAGAUGCUUGUGAUGUUACUCUGAGUGUAUAUCCACACCGGGCAAGCUUGAAAAAUAUGCCUGACCACGGUGGGAAUCGAAUUCUGUUCCCAAAUAUCACAUACUCGAACCGACCAGACCACGUAGCUCAGUUGGCAGAGCAUUGGGCUAGCAUCCAAAGGUCGUAGGUUCGAUUCCCACCGUGGUCAGGCAUAUUUUUCAAGCUUGCCCGGUGUGGAUAUACACUCAGAGUAACAUCACAAGCAUCUUAUUCACCUGAGUACAUUGCACCAACACAGAAAAUAUCAUUAUUACUAGAUUACAUUGAUAUCAAAGGAACUAGAUUCUGUUCCGAAAUAUCAUAUACUCGAACCGAUCAGACCACGUAGCUCAGUUGGCAGAGCAUUGGGCUAGCAUUCCAAAGGUCGUAGGUUCGAUUCCCACCGUGGUCAGGCAUAUUUUUCAAGCUUGCCCGGUGUGGAUAUACACUCAGAGUAACAUCACAAGCAUCUUAUUAACCUGAGUACAUUGCACCAACACAGAAAAUAUCAAUUGUUAAAUAAUUUCACAAUCACGUGUCAUGUGUUGACACCACGCGCUUUCAUAUAAAAAGAUUCAUUCAUACAGGAUCAAAUAUUUUAAAAGGAAAAUUCCAAACACAUGGUAUUUGCUUAGUUAUUCCACAAAAUAUUCCCGACUUAGUGGAUAGCGUUUGACAAGAAGUGCAUAAAUGAGGAAGUCAGGAAGAUACGGGUCGCGAGACGGGACGUGUGAUCAUGACAUGGCUUCAUUGUCUGUCAGUGCAGAAAAAGCAAAUUUGACGUGCCAUCUUCUUCAAACAGUCAAACGUGUUUUCAGGAAGGCCCAAUCGCUAUUGUCGAAAGAGAAUGCCAUUGUUCCAGCACCAGGAAGCAAUGACAUGGCCUUCAUGGUCAGUGGCGUAACGCAACCGCUGGGGGCCCUCCGUCAAUCGGCCACUUUGGGCCCCUUUGCUCCACUAAAAAUAGGCUGUCGCCAAAAAAUCGGACAUUGUACCAUUUUUCCAUUCGGACAUUGUACCAUUUUCGGACAUUGUACCAUUUUAGGGGUCCAAAAAUUUUUCCGGACAUACCCAAUGAAAUUGCAAUUAAUUCAUUCUAGUAUCUCGUCCUUUACCUCAGCCGUGACGUACUAAAUCCGUCGCAGCUUCGGGAAAUUUCUCGACGGAUUUUGCCUUUUCCAGAGAAUGGUUUUUUUUUAUUCAAUUCAAUUAAUUCAAUUCCCCAGAAAUGUGUUAUCAAAUUUUUUAAGGUCAUUUUUGUCGGGGGCCCCUAAAGUUCGGGGGCCCCCCGUCACUGGACACCCUGACACCCUCCCGUUACGCCACUGUUCAUGGUCGAAAAGCAAACUUCUAAACGGCCCCACUACGUUUAUUUAGAAAAGAAUGGAAAAGUGACAUGCGAAAACUGCAUGAUGGUCGUCUGCCAAAUUGUGCAAACAUACCGUGGCUGUAGCAGAGGAGGUUAAGGCGUCAAAACACACCUCACAAUCUCACCACUUUGGUAACUAUUGAUUCUGGUAAAGGCGUUGUAAAGAAAAGAAACAAGGCGGCAAAGUGGCCAACAAAGGGUGGGCGAAGUGGUAAGAAGUGUCAAGAGGGCACUGUAGUUUUCGACAGGCUCAACCACCACCAACAACAAGAGUAACAACAAGAGCAACAUCAACAGCAACGGCAACAGCAACGACAGCGACAACGUCAACGACAACGUCAACAAAAACGACAACGACAACGACAAUGGCAACACAACAACGACGACGACAGAUUAACUGGAAUACGAUACGGUCAAAGCAAACCAUACCACAAUUUAUACCAACACAUCUGACCACAACAAACUUUACACCAACAACAUUGUGACAACUCCCAGCCAACACGGCAACACCAACAUUGUCUUAAUAUGAACAGCUCCCAUCCACCUGCUUCUCCUGGUUGUCCUAAUUCUCUGUUUAAUUGGUUCAUAUAUGUUGGCCUUCUACAAUUUUGUCCACCUCAAGUGAAUAUCUAUUUCGCAUGUGGACAGGCCCUUAAAUUAAACCUGGAGGAAAUCGGAGGACCCCCUUGCGACUUUGUUAUGGUAUCAAAAACAAAGAGACAAGGACAACACAGAAACUAAAAGGAGCGAGCAGUAAACAUCUAUUUCCAUGUCAAUAGUGCUUGUUUAAAAAGACAGCAUGCAUAUUUUGUAAAGUCAUUUAUGCGAACGCCGACAAGAAUUAGGGAGAUCGAUGCUGACACCAGCUCACAUUCUUCAUCUAAGAGAGUUUGGUUUAAUAUAGUAUAGAAAGUUAUUAUGCAACAAUUAUCCAAAACGCAAGUGGUUUUUUCUUGUUUUCCAUGUAUAAAGUUAUGAUUAUUGAUACAAUAUUGUUUUUAAAAUUAUUAAGGGACCAUUGUUAUGUUCAUUUAUUUAUAUAGUUUCGCAACAUGAGAGCGCUUAUAUGACACUCUCGUUUUAAUCGAACCAGUUGUUUCGUAUCUCUUGAAGGUGAUAAUUGUACAUUAGUUGCAAAAGUCAGUAUAUUCAGACUAAUAUGCGCUGCAAGCAUAUAACACAGAAACGUAGUCAUUCUGUUCAUGCGUUGCGUUAACAGUAUAAAAACACCGCUGUAGGCAAAGUAAAAACGACGAACCGGAAAGUUGCAAAUGAUUGGGGCAUUGGUUACAGGGUUUCAACUUACAUAUUUUAUCAGUUAAUUGGUAACUUCAUGCACUUCAAUUCCAGACAAUGCACUCUCGCGCAUUUUAACAUUAGUUUUUAUUCAAAACUUUACAUAUUCUAUUCAUACUUAUUAAUACAGUAACUUUCUUACACGUAUUUAUUCCAUCCCCCGCCCCGACAACGCCACUGAAAGGAUUCGAAAGCUGGUUUUUGUAAGAUCUUAAUCAUCACGUACCAUCACGCAACAUCCUUUUGACAGCCGGUUUUUAAUUAUCCUGCGUAUCAGUUUUCUUUCCAGUCGUCAAUCGACUGCACGCAGACUGGCACUCAUACGCUGAUGGACUUUGAUGAGCAGGCCAUAACAGAUGAUGAGGAAAUUGUCGACUGUCUCAAUCAGUAUUUUCUACAAUUGGUUCCAAGUUGUCUGAUAAUAUUAUUGAUAAUGGCAUUGAUCCCCUGAGCUUUGUGACUCCUGUAUAUAUUAAAUCAUUUCAUAUUAGAAAGAUUGCAAUACAAGUGGUACUAGAUGCAUUAAACCUGUUAAAACGUAAAAAUCACCAGGCCUAGUCUAGACGGACUUAGUACAAGACUAUUAAAAGAUGCUGCUGCUCUUUAUCGUUGUUGGGCCAUUGCUUAACAUUUUUAAUUUAUUUUUGCAAACGGCUAUAUUUCCCGACGACUGGAAGUUAGCUAACGUUUUUCCAAUCUUUGAAGAAGAAAACAAAAGUGAUUGCGAAUAUUACAGACCAAUUUCUGUUAUUUCUGUUGUUGCAGGAAAUUAAUUUAUCAGCAGUCAAAAAUUGGACUGGACCGUAUAAGGGUUAGCUUACAAUGGUUCAGGUCAUACCUCAAGAAUAGAAAGCAAGUUUGUUCAGCUAUUGGUAUGAUGUCGUGUCGUCAGCAGAGAAAUCAGAUGUGGGUUCCCACAAGGUUCUAACCUUCGCCAUAUUCUAUUUCUCUUGUUCACAAACGAUCUUACAAAUUGUUUGCAAAUUAGGGACCGGAAAUAAAGUAACUGCUAGGGUAGGCUGGAGUGAUUUGGGAUGGGCCAUGGAAAAUCUUUGGCCAGUUUCGAUGGGCCGCCAAUUUUUUUGUAUGUCCACGGUUGGGCAACCAAACAAAAAGCCAUGUUAAUUAUAUAUUACAUAAAGAUAUUAAUAAUAAAAGUAAACAAAACUAUCCAAAUUAUCAAAUGCAAAUGAUGCUAUUGAAGCCAACUGGUACUUUGUUUAUUCAACAACAACAAGUGGUCAAAUCACAGCAGGGGGUUAGCUUACAAUGGUUCAGGUCAUACCUCAAGAAUAGAAAGCAAGUUUGUUCAGCUAUUGGUAUGAUGUCGUCAGCAGAGAAAUCAGAUGUGGGCUCCCACAAGGUUCUAACCUUCGCCCUAUUCUAUUUCUCUUGUUCACAAACGAUCUUACAAAGUGUUUGCAAAUUUAUACCAAAGCCAAACUAUUUGCUGACGGCACAAAUUUUACCUGCGUACGUAGGACCACGGGUAGGACAAAGUCCCGAUGACAUUGAGAUAAAACUUAAUAAGGACCUCGAGAACGUCAAUGGCUGUCGACCAACAAAUUGACGUUAGAUAAAAAGAAAACUGAGUUCAUGAUAAUUGACUCGAGAUGUUAUUGCCCUGCUUCAAUUGUAAAUAGCCCAGUUAUAACCGUAGAAGAGAAUAAUAUUAAACGUGUUUACAAUAAAGAGUCCUUAGGAAUUAUUCUUGAUGAGGAAUUAAAGUGGCACAAACAUAAUGAUGCACAAUGCAAAGAAAUCGAAAGAAAACAUUGCCCUUCUCAAACAAUCAAAGGCAUGAGUUAAUAAAAAUGUACAAUGCUUUUGUUUUGACUCACUUUAAUUAUUGCUCAACAAUUUGGAACGAUGGGUCCUGUCAGUCUGUAAUGUCUGUUGUUGAUAAGCUAUCGAAGUUACAAAGGAGAGCUUAUGAUGUUCGUUCCAAAGAAAUAUUGCAAAAUCUUAAUUGGACACCAAUUGAGCAAUCUUUAACAAAUCGAGAAAUUUUAUGAUAAUGACAUUUAAAGCUCCAACUGGCAGGUUACCGAAUUAUCUUGCAGAACUAUAUACCAAAUGUGAAAGCAAUAGCUGUUCUCUAAGAAGCAACAAUACUAAAUUGAAACUCCCUAAACCUAAAACAAAUUUUCUGACAAGAAGUUUCUCAUACCGAGCUGCAAAAUCAUGGAACGUAGUGAAGUAACUAAUAAAUAAUCUACAGCAAAAAUCAAUAUAUUCUUUCAAACGGCAUUUACAUGCACUAAAUAAUAUUGUAAGAUAGGUCUGCAGCAUAAAUAUAUUUUUAUUAAGUAAUUUACAUAAUAUUGUUAAGAGAGUGUGUGCACGGCCCUUUAAAAAACAGUGUUGUAUGUAUGUUUAACUGAAUAAGCUACCGUGUAUAAAGAAUUUUAUUAAACUAUUUUAAUAGUUUAAAAACUUAUAGAAUACGCUUAAAAUUUGUCAUGUAGUUUGCCAUGAUACUAUUUAGCAUUAUAAUACAGUAUAUACCAGAAGUUAAAGUACCCACUAAGUCAAGAAGAUAUUUGCUGAAUAACUAUAAGCGAAUACAAUUUGUUUGGAAGUUUUCUUUUAAAAUAUUUGAAUGAAUAAAUCUUUCUAUGGAAAGCUCGUGCUGUCAACGCAUGACACGUGAUUGUAAGAUUAUUUUAACAAUUAUUAAAUUCGGUUGUCGCAUGAUGUUAGUAGUAAAGUUUAGAAGAAGAAAUGAUUUUAUUAAUAUUAAUCUUAUUAAUACUAACUAUAAUAUUAGUAAUAUUAUUAUGUUUAUUUAUUUUUAAAAUUAUUUUCAGUAAUUUAAAUUUUUUUCUGCUAGUCCGCGAGUCCGCGUCCGCCAGUCCGCGUUCGCCGAUUCGCGUGCUUGGCAUGUUGGACAUGGUGUGAUAGAUUGUGAUUAAAUUAUGAGCUGCUAAACAACGUGUUAGUGCAAGGCAAAUAGUCUGAUGUCAAGUGACUUCUAGUUAAGUUCCUAAUUUCUAAUUUGAUGUCUGGGUGAGUGAUUGUGAUUAGAUUAAGAACCGCACAACAGGAAUGAAUCUAAUAUCGAUGGGAACACUUUAUCCCAGAACCAAGGUCACAGGGUGUGCCAGAAGUGCUUACAUUAUGAGCUGCAAAACAGGAACAAAAUCUUAAUAAAAGUGUUUCAUUUGCGGAAAAGAUAAUUGCUGUUGAAAAGCCUCAAAUUUAAUAAAAUGCAUAUCCCCGCUGACACCGAAGGCAUGCAUGGGAUGAAAUUAUUAGAGAGCGAUUGCAGCGAAAGGAAAAUUACUCCUAAAAAGCGUACGGUUUGAAAAAAUCGUAUGAUUUUUAGCGCGAUUUUUUUCGCAUUUUAAUUUUUUUGCUUCAGGAGUUUCUUUUUAAUAUUUUGUGAUUUUUAAUAUUUUUCAUGUGAUUUUUUUGUGAUUUUCUAUGUUUUUUUGGCGUACGUGAUUUAGAUCAUGAUUUAAACCGUCAGUUGCAUCCCUAUCAAUCUGAAGCUUUCUUAAUAUGGGCACUAUAUCACUGGCACUGACCGUUCAAGAUUAUCUCGCUGAGUAAAACAGAAUGUUGAAGAUGACACUAACCGGGCCAGUUAGGCUCAAAACCUCUUCUAAUGAAAUUAAAUACUACUAAUUUAACUCAACUAGAACAAUAACUUUGACAAUUUCAAAAUAUAUGCAACCGUAUGUCUAUGUAAUUUUGCAUUUUCCUCGAUAGAAUAGCCUACAAUGUUGAAGAUGUUUUUUUAUAGACUUCAAUAAACAACUCAGUUAUACUGUAUAUAUCAACGUUCUAAAGCAGUGUAAGAGACAUUCAUAAUUCCGACUGUUGGUGUAUUCUUAUUGCUAUAAUUUUUAGAGGGUGAACUGAUUUACGUGGCAAUGGCGGCAUACGAGCGGCAUCAUGAUAUAUAAACUACGUCGUAAAGUAAAGUAAAGUAAAGUAAAGUAAAGUAAAGUAAAGUAAAGUAAAGUAAAGUAAAGUAAAGUAAAGUAAAGUAAAGUAAAGUAAAGUAAAGUAAAGUAAAGUAAAGUAAAGUAAAGUAAAGUAAAGUAAAGUAAAGUAAAGUAAAGUAAAGUAAAGGAAAGUAAAGUAAAGUAAAGUAAAGUAAAGUAAAGUAAAGUAAAGUAAAGUAAAGUAAAGUAAAGUAAAGUAAAGUAAAGUAAAGUAAAGUAAAGUAAAGUAAAGUAAAGUAAAGUAAAGUAAAGUAAAGUAAAGUAAAGUAAAGUAAAGUAAAGUAAAGUAAAGUAAAGUAAAGUAAAGUAAAGUAAAGUAAAGUAAAGUAAAGUAAAGUAAAGUAAAGUAAAGUAAAGUAAAGUAAAGUAAAGUGAAGCUAUAUUUAUCUGUCAACGAUAUCUAAUCAAUGGUAUUAUUAUAAAGGCUUAAUUAUAGGGAAUAGUUUGCAUAUUUCUUACAAAUAUAUUACAAUGUUGUUAUAGGCCAUGUUUUUACUCUGCAUGUAUAGCGUGUUUCGGGGGAAAUGCGGUGAAUGUAUAUAUUGACCAGCCAAACAUGGGGUAAAUGUGUUGACCAGCCAAUAAAAACUAGCUAUUUGCCUACAUCUUUUGAUUGCGUAAUUUAUCAGCUUUCCAUAUAUAUAUAUAAUAGUAUUUCUGUUUUCAUGGGCUAUACAUAGCGUAGCUAUUUUUAACAUGCCAAUAACAAAAAGUAAUAGACCUUUCCCCUUUUGAGUGAAAUUUUGAUCUAGAUAUAUGCCUGGACAAACAUUUCAUCACAGCUUGAAAGAGCAUCACAAAAUUAAAUUAGUCACAUUCCGAAGUUUCGUUGCGAAAUGUUGUAAAAUGCGGAUAAUAUAGCCUUGCGAAUUUCGCCGUUUUGCUGAGUCAUUUUGCAUUACAAACGGGAAGUUGAUAAUCAGAUGAUCAAACUGAUUAUCAAUUUCCCAUUUGUAAUACAAAAUGACUGAAACACGGCAAACUUCGCAAGGCUAUAUAUUGUCCGCAUUUUACAACCGAUUUCGCAACGAAACUUUGGAAUAUUACUAAUUUUGUGAUGCUCUUUCAAGCUGUGAUGAAAUAACAUUGCCCAUGGCAUAUCUAGAUCAAAAUUUCACUCAUAAGGGGGGAAAGGUCUAUUGGCUUACUAAUAAUUUUAUCCUUUCAAGUCCACUUAAAAUUUCCUGUCGGUUUUUGUUUUGAAUGUGAACUUGAUUGUCCUUCUGCGAUCGUGAAGUCGAAAAACAUGUUUUGUGAACGGCAUCUGCAAUUGUGAGAUGUGCGCGCGUUUCCGGUUAACCCCAAUAUAACUCCAAUUCAUUGGCUAAUGAUACUAUAGGGGAUACACCAAAUCUACGACGCGGACGUUGUUGAAUGUUGUUGGUAAACAAAGCCAGAGUUAGAGACACGAGAAAAACAAAGCUAGUAAAACUAGUCUCCAAUUAUUAGUGACUGUUUUUUUAGUCGCGUCCGCGUCGCAGAUUUGGUGCAUCUAAGCAUCUUAAGCUCCCUGUAAUAGACUCCUUUGGUGCGCCGAAACGUUUGGCUAGCUCGUCGCCAAAAAGCAACAAGCAAGGGCAACCGGUUCCUUCGGUUUAUUAUAUAGGCUGGAAAAUUUUGGUUUUACUGUAACGCUGGUUUUAUUUGCUUACAGCUAGUAUUCGGCGUAGGGCACCCACCGUGGGGUCCAGAAUGCCCAGUGCAUCGAUAGUAUGUAUGUCACAACGAUGUUUUUGUGCUAGUAGGCGUUAUCAGUAACUCACGAAAUGUCUUUAUCAAGCCAAAUGUGGUUUUCUGGAUAUAGUCUAGGACCUGUAUAUGAGUUUGUAUGCAUUUCAUUUAGGACAGAUAAUCUCAACUGUUUUAGGGUAAGUUGACCAUGACGGUCAACAUGGUAACGCUGCCCGAACCCCAAUCCGGGGCGAAACGUCCGAAACUGACCACACCCAAAAACGACGCUUUCGCCAUACUGCUAUCUACCAAACCAUAAAAGCUUUGGCUAUUCUGAGGUGCUUAUAUGGUUCAGAGAUGGUACUUUUGGGGGUGGUCAUUGGUAUGUGUGAAAUGCCUAGCACUAAUAUUUCACAAGAAAAUGGCCAUGCAAUAAUCAUAGUUAAACGUCAAUUUGUGGCUUGCAAAUUCAGAUAAACAGCAGUGGACUUACAUUACCUUUUUUCCUAAAUCUUUUUGAUAGAAACAUAAAUGGUACUUAUUUAAAUAUAUUAUCACUGGUUUGGUGUAAAAUAGUUAAUAUUUUCUGACCGAAAUAAUAAUUUGAAAUGGGCCUACCACCUGCAAAUGCGUCGACGUAUUUGGCCAAGUUCUCCUCUUUACUCCGCUGUUUACGGGCGAUCUCGUUGACAUCCUACAUCCUGUAAAUCAUCUCAGACAUAAUGGUAUCAAGAACAUUUUAAACAAGUUUCAACUUGGUUUCAAGUAGGUCAUACCUGUUUAACCAUCGACAAGGUAAAUCCAUAACUUUGUCCAAAUUCGGCGCCAUUUUGUCAUCCCAUGUCGCUUGUUAACAGUUCAGCCUUGUUACUCUUCCAUCCAAGCCGUUUCCAUUCCACUAAUAAUAAAUUUAACCCUUUAUAACAGGAGGAAACUAAAAAAUCUAAACAAAAUACAAGAAAUACGCCAUUUUAUCACGCUGUAAAAUGUUGUUUACGAGUCCUUCAAAACAUUUCGUACAAAUCUCGCGUGGUUUAGCAACAGGAACGUGACAGGGGGGGGGGGCGUUAGAGACUUGUAAAAUGAAAGGAAAGCCCACACAGUAUGGUAAAACCAACAAUCAACAUUUAAUUUGUAUGUCUUUUUCAUAUUAUUAAAUAGUAAUAUGUAUAUAUUUGUCGCUACAAGAAAUAAAACAAACAUUUGUAUGAUUGUAUUUAGCUUUAGUCUAUUUCACGCAGCCUUCUUCUAUCUUCGUGAAAUAAUACACCCCCUCCUGUCACGUCCCUGUUACUUUGUCACGCGAUAUUUGUACGGAAUGUUUUAAAAGACUCGUGAGCAAAAUUUUACAUGGUGAUAAAAUGGCGUAUUUCUUAUAUUUUGUUUAGAUUUUUAGUUUCCUCCUGUUAUAAAGGGUUAAAUUUAUUAUUAGUGGAAUGGAAAUGGCUUGGAUGGAAGAGUAACAAGGCUGAAUUGUUAACAAGCGACAUGGGAUGACAAAAUGGCGCCGAAUUUGGACAAAGUUGUGGAUUUACCUUGUCGAUGGUUAAACAGGUAUGAUCUACUUGAAACCAAGUUGAAACUUGUUUAAAAUGUUCUUGAUACCAUUAUGUCUGAGAUGAUUUACAUUUUUUGUAGGAUAUCGACGAGAUCGCUGAUAAACAGCGGAGUAAAGUGGAGAACUUGGCCAAAUACGUCCAUUUGCAGGAGGUAGGCACAUUUCAAAUUAUUAUUUCGGUCAGAAAAUAUUAACUAUUUUACACCAAACCAGUGAUAAUAUAUUUAAAUAAGUACCAUUUAUGUUUCUAUCAAAAAGAUUUAGGGAAAAAGGUAAUAUAAGUCCACUGCUGUUUAUCUGAAUUUGCAAGCCACAAAUUGACGUUUAACUAUGAUUAUUGCAUGGCCAUUUUCUUGUGAAAUAUUAGUGCUAGGCAUUUCACACUUACCAAUGACCACCCCCAAAGUACCAUCUCUGAACCAUAUAAGCACCUCAGAAUAGCCAAAGCUUUUAUGGUUUGGUAGAUAGCAGUAUGGCGAAAGCGUCGUUUUUGGGUGUGGUCAGUUUUGGAUGUUUCGCCCCGGAUUGGGGUUCGGGCAGCGUUACCAUGUUGACCGUCAUGGUCAACUUACCCUAAAACAGUUGAGAUUAUCUGUCCUAAAUGAAAUGCAUACAAACUCAUAUACAGGUCCUAGACUAAAAAUCGAGAUGUCGUUCGGCUAUACAUAACUCGGCCGGAAACGGACUGGUGCGAGAAAAACAAAUCGUCAAGAAUAGUGUGCUGCCUUCGGCAGCAAUAAUAAUAAUAAUGAUGGUAUUUAUAUAGCGCUUAUACAUUGCUGUCCUAAGCGUUGAGAUUGCAUGUUAUAAUGGAUACAAUACAAACAUAUUAAACAAAUUCUGAUUCAGUGAUUCGAUUAACAUUCUGAAAACCUACCUUACUAGCUGAAUUUUCUUGCCAAAUUUGAAAUUAUUAGCUAUGGUGAAACAAGAAUAAGAAUUGAUGAGAGUUGGCAGUCACACAUUGGUAGAACUUACAGGGGGCAUUUCAAGCUCUAGAUUAACAAAAUAAAGGUUUGAUGAAUUCCAACUAUGUUUUUACAUAGAAUACAUGAGAGUGAUUGGAAAACAUUAAGAACAGCUAACCAAGAUCGUGUGACUGCCAACGCUCAUACACUUUCAUCUUUGUUUCAUCUGGGGUUUAGUUUGAGAACCAUAUUAUCACAGAUGAAGUAUAUACCAGGGGCCGGUUGUACGAAUGGUGGAUAAGUCCUAUCCAAUGGAUAAAUCUCCUAUCCAAUGGAUAAAUCUCCUAUCCAAUGGAUAGCUAUCUGCCGAAUAAAAAUGCGUUGUACGAAGCACAGAUAGCAGGGUGGAUAGCCAUCCGUCGGAUAACCUUAAUUUUAACCGAAGAAAACCGGAUUUUCCUGAAAUUUCUUAUCUCUACGCCAGCUGUUGCUAGGUAUAUGUAAACUUUUGUUGUAGUAUCUUCGUAUAACUUGUGAAUUCCACUAACCUUUGAACUAUCAACUUGCAAUAAAGGUUUUUUGUUCAUGUUCAUAUUUUGGAUUUUUCCUCGUCUAAUCGUUGCCAAACUUCGUUUUCCCACAGUGAAGAGUUUGCUAUCUACUUAUCGAUAUUUCUUUAAAAGAUUUUUGGCUUCUUUAUGCGAAGGCAAUAGCAAAGACUGCAAGUUUUGUUUUCUUGUUUCAGUACGUUGAUUCAGUUUUAUUUUAUAUACUGUCCGAAUAUUUGUUCUUUGACCUUUCACGUCAUUCAAAACAAUUUUAAGAACAUUUUCUCGCAAGAUUUGAUUGCUGAUCAAGGCCAGCGAACAAAAUUUUUUGACUUUUGGUGCCUUGUUGUCUAUUUAUAUGCAGCUAUAUUUGUUUGGCGUUGAAGGGAAUUCAUUUAAUGAAAGUUUUGUUGCUUGUUUUCGAGCUAUAUAACAGGAAAAAAAGAAGGGAAAAGGCCAGAAAACGUAACGCCUAAGCACUGACACAGGUCUGCAUAAAAUAUGGCAAAGUCAUGGCAUUAUUUAAUGGGCAAGUGACUCAAAGUGAGCUCGGUACGUCAAGAGCAAGAGAAGUCAUAAGUAAGUUUCCAUGUUUAUUUAGUGUCAAAAAAGUGACUCUAAACGGUAUUUGUCCAUUUCUAUCACAAUAGCAAUCCUUUUUAAAUGAAAUACACAUUGUUUUGUCUUCAAACUUCUAGUUUAUCUGCCGGAUAGUGGAUUUAAACUACCUUUGGACCUCGGAUAAAUUUAUCCAACGGAUAGUGCAUUUUAUCUGUUGGAUAGCGCUAUCCAAGUUUCGUACAACACGAUUUUCACUCUGGAUAAAAUUUAUCCGCUGGAUAGGGACUUAUCCACCAGAUAGCGAUUUGUCCACCUUUCGUACAACCCGCCCCAGAUGUUUAACUUAAUAGGACUUCGUGUCCUCAAAUUUCCCUAGAUGUACACGUCAUGCUCACGCCAUGACACUUGCUAGGAAGAUGGCGUCCUGGAAAACAUGAACUUUUGCAUUUUAUUGCAGCUUUUUUGGAUCGAAAUUUAUGGAUUAAACAAUCAAGAGCAUCAUUUGUUCAAUGUUCAAAGUUGUUAAAAGCAAUUAAAGUUGUGGGAAAGGUGUUGAAAGCAUUUUGAAAGCAAUGACGUAUUACCAAAUGACGAAUUGUCACGCGAGCGACACUUGCUAGGAAGAUGGCGACCGUGGGACAACUUUUUUACUGAAGUUACACAUCUGUUCUUACUUAAUCUAUGAUAUUAUUUAAUAUCUGAAAUAACCCCAUGAAAACAAAAGUAUUUACUUGUUUUGUAGAAAAAUCGGGAACUCUUUGAAUUGGUCACUAUUUUACGAGAUGACCUUGCUGAAUGUGAACACCAUAUCAAAGAGUUGGAGUCAACAUUAGCCAGUAAAAAAGAUGAUCUAGCUGUAAAAGUUAACCAGCUGACGAAACAGAACAUGAAACUUGGGCGAUCAAUGCAAGCCAAGCAGGUUUUCUCAGAAAAAAUACUGAAGGAGAACAAGAGGCUGAAUGAACUUGUCAAUCAGCAAAAAGAAUUGCUAGUUGAUGGACAAGCCAUUGAGGAUAAAAUGAAUGUGAGUUGUAUUGAAUAAAACUAUAAUAGGGGCUUGAUUGGUGUAGUUU